GUGAAUUAGAGGCCAUGUGCUUCUCUUCCUCUUUCACUCUGUUUGCAGUCAGGCUGACGCACUGUCAGAGAAAGGAGGAAUCAUCUGUUCAGACAAGCCGCUGCUUCAGAAGCCAAGAUGUUCCUGUACUGCUGGCUGGCUUUUGUGGCUUUUAUACCUGCAACAAUGGCCACCAAUCCAGGAGUAGAGGUCAAGCUAACGGAGAAAGGCCUUGAAUAUGGUAGACAACUGGGCAUCGCUGCCUUGCAGCAGAAACUCAAAUCUAUCAAAGUCCCAGAUAUUUCAGGGACAGAGAGCGUGGCUCCCAUCGGCAAGGUCCAGUACAGCUUGUCAAAUAUGCAGAUAGUGAAUGUGGGAUUAUCGCAGUCUUCAACGGGUCUGGUUCCAGGUACUGGAGUCCGAUUGACUAUUAGCAACGCUUUCAUUAGCCUGCAUGGAAACUGGAGAGUCAAGUACUUACGAAUAAUAAAAGACAGCGGCUCCUUUGAUUUGAAUGUCAAUGCACUUACAAUCGAUACAAGUAUGGGCAUCAAAAGCGAUGAGACCGGCCGUCCAACGGUCAGCAGCGUUAACUGUGCAGCCACAGUUGGCAGCGCGAGCAUCGAGUUCCAUGGUGGAGCCAGCUGGCUGUACAACCUCUUCAGCAAGUUCAUAGAUAAGGCUUUACGCAAUGCCCUGCAGAAACAGAUCUGCCCUCUGGUCGCUGAAGCAAUAUCCGAUUUAAACCCUCAGCUGAAAACUCUCAAUGUUGUUGCCAAAGUGGACCAGUAUGCUGAGAUUGAAUACUCCAUGGUAGCAUCACCAACAGUUUCACAAUCUUCAAUAGAUUUUAGUUUAAAGGGCGAAUUCUACAACAUUGGGAAGCAUCAGGAGCCCCCGUUUUCUCCCACUCCCUUUUCCCUGCCACCCCAGACCAACAACAUGCUGUACAUCGGCGUGUCUGAAUUUACCGCCAACUCUGCAGCCUUCGUCUACAACAAAGCUGGAGCUCUUAGCUUGUACAUCACAGAUGACAUGAUCCCAAAAGGCUCUCCCUUCCGACUCAACACAAGAACAUUUGGAGUCUUUAUUCCACAGAUUGCCAAGCAGUUCCCAGGUCUGAUGAUGAAACUGCUGGUUAAGACAGUGAAAGACCCCAUCAUCACUUUUGACCCCAGUAAUGCGACAGUUCAGGCCACUGCCACAGUGACUGCCUACGCUAUCCAACCCAACAGCACACUUUCCCCUCUUUUUGUCCUAAACUUGGAAAGCAGUGUCAGUGCCCAUCUGUUUGUCAGCAGCAUGAGGCUCGCUGGCUCCAUCACCCUCAACAAAAUGAAUCUGACACUGGGCACAAGUUAUGUGGGCCAGUUUCAGGUCGGCUCACUUGACAACAUUUUCCAGAUGGUCCUGAAAGUGGUAGUGAUACCCAAACUGAAUGCUCAACUCUCUAAGGGGUAUCCACUUCCCACAAUUGGAAAGAUGAAGCUUGUGAGCACCGAGCUUCAAGUCUUGAAGGACUACAUGCUGAUUGGGACCGAUGUUCAGUUCACAGGAUCGAUGCUCAGCCAGAACUCCUGAAGUAACCACACCAGAACCAAGAAGGAACAUUUAAAGGAAUAAAUUAACAAGAAAAGUUUGAUUUCGGAGCUCAGAUUUCCAUUGUUCUCUUUUUCUUAUUAAGCACAUGAAUACUGAUGAGACCGUCCUGUCUGAUCUGCAGACGCUGGGCAGGUCCAGCGUGCUCGGUCCACAGCAGAUCACAGCACUUUCUGCUGCUGACUCCGGCUAAAUUCCCCCUCCAAGAGUUUGUGGAGCGAUUCUCCAAAUGUGCUGAUCUGACAUUUUUCCUCCAGCCUGACAAUCCCAUAAAAAAGCCCCGACAUCAAUCAAACAGCACUGCUUCAGAAGAAAACACUGCUGAGAAACGACUUCCAUUUACAUCAAAAACAGGAUUCUAAUAACUUACACACAGACACACACAGUUCGUCUUGAAAAAAAUAAAGUGAAAGAACAUUUUUAUGUUCAUUCAGUUGUGUCAGAUGAAUUCCCAAAAACACUGCCUUUCUGUUUUCAACGUCAGACGAGAGUAAAGAAGCUUUCUGCUGCACUAAAACAAAUCUGUCAUGUGUUGUCGGUUGUGUCCAUCCUUGACCAAACAUGGAUGCCACGUGUCCAUCAGUCUGGUCCGCAGCAUCACGGUGUUCCUCUCAGGACGGCCCGACCCUUCAGGCUCUGCGAGCUGGCCGACAAAACCUAAACCAGAGGACAUGGACCAUGACUGACGGAGCAUCGCAGAACAACAUGACGUCUUAAUGAUCCUCUCUGUCACUGCUGAAAUAAUCAACUCUUCUUUCUUUUUCGAGUUAUUGCUUUUAAUUUGCAUAUUAAUAAUUCAAUUUCUUUUUAAUUUCAUGGUUAAAUUUCACAAUUCUUUCUAUUAAAGUCAGAAUAAAUGAAGAGAUUUUUAUGUUAUACUGUAUAUGUUGGACAGCAGCAGCUUUAAAUAAAUUACAAGGAUGAGAAGUG